AUGACGGACAAGUUCCUAGUGUCUUUGGUUUUAACGGUUUUGUGUUACAAGGCUGUAAGUUCAGAAGCUUCCAGCAAUGUUACCCAGUUUUCUGAUAUCCAACGAUGGAAUGAACAAGAGGUUAUGGAUGACGAAAUACUGUUACUGGACGAAAUUAACUUUGUUACCUUUUUUUCUGUUGAAUGCUAUGAAGACAACGGAAUUUGUGAAUUCGACUAUCCAAGAAAUGAGACGCAGCUGGAGUGCGGUAGAACUCCUAAUAUGACUGUAGAAAGAAAUGAAGUGGUUCUGAUCAGUCGAGUAGAAGGGUUAGACACGUUGAAAACAACUAUUGGUAUCAGAAAGGUCGGCAAACCUCUAGAAUGUACUAUCGUGCAUGGAAUACAACCUCUGAGAGACUUCUUCAAAACUCGUCCAGAGCUUAUGAAGUUCCGAGAUAUUACUUGGCGAUUGAAACAGUUGAUGUUUGCCUCGAAAUGGAACCGACAAGAAUUCAGAAUUGAGUCUGUUUUUGGAAAGCCUCCAAUAUCACCAAUUGAAGAUAAAGCCCAUAAUAAUCUAUGUCUGACCGAGAGAGAAUGGAUCUUCAUAGCCAUUGCUUGUGUAGUACUUGCUCUCUGUAUCAAUAACAUAUUACUUCCUCGAUUGAAAAGAGAACGAAUCAAAGUUCAUUAUCCAGUUUCUGAAACUUUGAAACUACCUCAUUGA